AUGAAAUUAAAAAAUGAUGAAAAUGUAAAUUUUUUAUGUGGAGGAGAAGAUAUAUCUUCCUUAGUAGUAGAUUUAGGUUUUUAUAGUUGUAAAAUAGGACACAAUCAAGAAGAUACGCCACGUAUAUUUUUGAAUAGUAUAUGUGGAGAAAGAGAAAUGAAUGAUGAAUACGAAAAUUAUAUGGAUGGAUCUUUAAAAAAUAUAAAUUAUAAAGAAUUAAAAUAUCCUUUAAAUUUAUAUAAUAGAAAUGAGAAUAUAAGGAUCAAACCAUUAUUUUAUAAAGAUGAUAAUAAAGAUGAUAUCAAAUUAAAUGCAGAUGUUUUUGAAAAGAUAUUAGAGUAUUCUAUUGAAGGUAUAGAGAUACCUAAAGUAUUUGAAUGUACUGAUGAUAUAAUAAUGGAUCCUAUAAAAUUGGGUGGAUUAAAUUUAAAUUUUGAGGAACAUCCAAUAUUAUUAACAGAAUUUAAUAUGCAUAAUCAUAAAAUAAGAGAACAGAUGACAGAAAUAUUAUUUGAAAAAUAUAAUAUACCUGCAUUAUAUUUUGCAAAGAAAGCAAAGUUAACAUCCUUUAGUUUAGGGAGAUCUACAUCUUUAGUUAUAGAUAUAGGAUAUAAUUCUUUGGAUAUAAAUCCAGUAUAUGAAGGAUAUGUUCUUCAGAAAAAUUCAUUGGAAUAUAAUAUUGGAGGACAAUAUUUUGAUAAAUUAAUAUAUGAGCAAUUAAUAAAAGACAAUGUAAAUAUUAUUCCUUAUUUUGUGUAUUGUAAUGGUUAUGAUAAUAUGCAUACAUGCUUUAACGACAACAUUAACGGUAGCAUUCAUAAUAAUAAUCACAAUAAUAUUGGUCAUAAUAAUAAUAUUGAUAAUAUUAAUCAUCAUGGUAAUAGCAAUACAUACCAAGAAAAUUCUUUAGAAAAUAGUGUGAACCCAUUUUAUAAUAUACAUCAUUCAUAUAAAGAAGAAUGUAUUCUAGAUGUAAUUCGAUAUAUGAAAGAAAGCGUUUGCAGAACACGUAUUAUAAAUGAUGAUUCCAAAUGUGAAGAAAAAAAAAAUAGUAUACAAAACAUUACAAAUUUGAACGAACAAAAUAACAUACAUAUAUCUAACGAGAAUAAUAUAAAAGAUGCAUGUACAAAAGAAGAAUUUUUUGAAUUACCUGAUGGAUAUAAAAUUAAUAUUCAUAAAUAUAAAUAUGAUAUUGCUGAACAUUUAUUUCAUUCUAUACCUUCACUAAACAAUUUUAAAGGUUUACCACAGUCAAUUAUAAAUUGUAUUAUAUCAACAGAUGUUGAUAUUAGAAAAGAACUUUUACAAUCUAUUGUUAUUACAGGAGGUUCUUCAUUAUUCCCUGGACUUAUUGAAAGGUUACAUAACUCAUUAAAAGAAAAAGAAUGUUUUACACAAUCAAAUAAAUUCAAAAUUUUAAAUAUGACUUCUUUGGUAGAACAAAAAUAUUCUUCAUGGCUAGGUGGAUCCAUUCUAGCUAGCUUGGGAACAUUCCAACAAAUGUGGGUUUCUAAAAAGGAAUAUCAUGAAUCAGGACAUAAUAUCAUACUUGAUCGAUGUUUUUAA